AUGGGCGCUGGCUUUUUCGCCAUAUCUGUUGUGGUUGGUAUCACACCUGAAAUGCUUCCCAAGGUUGUGGUGAGUUCACCCCACUUGGUCUAUGCACCAUAUCGAGUUGACAUCGUAGGCCCCAAUUUUGCACACUCGGCCGUGCGAGUGGCACGUAAAAAAGUGAUUGUCAAAGUUUUUGAGGCGAUUCAAAGCCUUGGUGCUGUCAAUAUCCUCUGCUCAGAUAAGACGGGCACUCUGACAAUUGACCUCGUCCGAGUAUCUGGCUUGACUCCCAGUUCUGGGGAGCCUUCAGAUCUGCCCCUUAAGCUAGCCUAA